AUGACUGAGGAAAUCGAUAGCCGUGAUGCCAACAUCGCUCCAAUCAAAGAAGAAUACAUCCUUCCGGUAAAUAUAAUCACUAAUAAAAAACUUAAACGUCCAAUCGCAAUUAUUUCAGAGAGAAGAUAAUGUGUUGUCUGAAGAGGCGCAAGCGUUGCCAAAGAAAGAUAGGAGAGGAAUGAAUAAAACUCGACGAAAGGAUAUGAAACAUGCUGAAACUCGAAUUCGCGCAAGUACAGUUCGUCUUUGUCCAUCAGUUAUUCAACCAGUUCAAUGUAAAUUUGGCGAGAAAUGCACUUCGGAACAUGAUAUUUCGAAAUUUCUUGAAGGUAAAAGAUACUUGAUUUUGAAAAAAAUCAUUGAAUUUUUUUCCAGCAAAGUCUGCUGAUAUUUCGGAUAAAUGUCCGGUUUACGAGGCUCGUGGAACUUGUCCCUUCAGCUACGCUUGUCGAUUUGGUGGAGCUCAUAUUGAUGAAAACGGAAAGCAAACUGAAAUGAGUCUAGAGAAACCAUACGAAGCUACAAAGAAUGCGCAAAGUAUGGCAAUUCAAGUUGCACUUCGAAAAAGAACCUAUGAUUUCGAGAGAUCGGAUAAAGCUUUAGAAGGGUUGAAAAAUGAAACAAUUGGUUCAAUGGAAUUUGAGAAACCUAAACUUGACAUGUCUAAAUUGGAUAGACUCAAAUAUCUCGCACCACUUACAACAGUUGGAAAUCUGCCAUUCCGCCGAAUUUGUGUUGAAUAUGGAGCUGAUAUAACAUGCGGUGAAAUGGCUUUAGCUACAAGUAUUCUAGCUGGAACACCAUCCGAAUAUAGUUUAUUGAAAAGACAUCCUUGCGAGAAAAUAUUUGGUGUUCAAUUAGCUGGCGGAUUUGCGGAUACAAUGGCAAAAGCAUCACAAAUUAUUGUUGAUAAUUUUGAUGUUGAUUUUAUUGAUAUUAAUAUGGGUUGUCCAAUUGAUGUGGUAAAUCAAAAAGGUGGAGGAUGUGCAUUGCCACAUCGGCCAUCGAAAUUGUUGGAAGUUUUAUCAGCGACAAAACAAGUUAUUGGAAAUUGUCCGUUGACUGUCAAAAUUCGAACUGGCUUGAAAGAAGGAGUUUUGAAAGCACCAGAAACUAUCGAAACUAUGAAGAAGAAUUCGUAUCAUUGGCCAGAUUUGAUUACUUUUCAUCCAAGAAGCAAGUGAGUUUUGAAAAAAAUAGUUUGUAUGUAUGCUCAAAAUUUUCAGGGAACAGAGAUAUACAAAAUUGGCAAACUGGGAUUAUACAAAUGAUGUUGUUGAAGCUGCGAAACCUAUUCCUGUUUGGGCUUGCGGUGAUGUUUUGGGUUGGGAGGAUUAUUAUGAGCGACUCGAAAAAUAUCCGGUCAAUGGAAUUAUGAUUGGUCGCGGUGCUUUAAUCAAACCCUGGAUUUUCACCGAAAUUGAGGAGAGAAGAACAUGGGAUAUUUCAUCCACUGAACGUUUCGAAAUGCUCAAAAAAUUCGUCGACUACGGUCUCGAUCAUUGGGGAAGUGAUGAUGCUGGAGUUGAGCGAACUCGUCGAUUCCUCCUCGAAUUUUUGUCAUUCACCUGUCGCUAUAUUCCUGUGGGACUUCUUGAAGUCAUUCCUCAAAGGAUUAAUGAUAGACCACCAAGAUUCUGCGGGCGAAACGAGUUGGAAACAUUGCUUGCCAGUCCGCGAGCCGAUGAUUGGAUUGAGAUUUCGAAACGGUUACUUGGACCAACUCCCGAUGGAUUUACGUUUAUCCCAAAGCACAAAGCUAGCUCAUAUUGA